AUGGAUUUUGAUCAUAUGAACAACUGUCUUCAUCCUUCAAAUUCUUUACCUUUUGAAGAUAAUGAUACUUUAAAUAAGAAAUAUACUGCCAUUAAAGACUUGACGGAAAAUUUAAUAGGUGGAAUGAAGAGAAAAUUCAAAGGCAAAACAGUAUCUGUCAGAGGCGCAGUAACAUACUCUUCUGGAAUAAAGUUAUACGCGUCCGAAAUCACUUUUAUGUGUACGGAAUGUAAUAUCUGUCAAACUUUAGAAUUCGGCGGUGGAAAGUACUAUUUUCCAUUCAAGUGUAAAACUUUGGGGUGUAAAAGCAAAGAGUUUACUCCUAUGCUAGAGUAUAAUGAAGAAACAAAUAAAAAAGAAUUUGCUGAUUGGCAAAUUAUUAGACUUCAGGAAGUAUGGAAUGGUAAUGGAGAAGCUGCUACUAUUCCAAUGACCAUUGAUUGUGAAUUACGUGACGAAUUGGUGGAUAAUGUCAAACCAGGUGACUUCGUUUCCGUUACUGGUAAACUAGAAGUUCAUGAAAUUCCAGUUAAUGAAAAAACAAAGGGUUCUAUGAUGCAUCAUCUUUAUAUUGAUGCUUUUAACAUCAAGAAAAACAUAAUUUUUGAAAACUUUUCAUGUGACUGUCGCGAAAAUAUUACGAAUCCCGAGGAUACAUAUUUUUCGUUAACUGAUUUUUAUAAAAUAAAACAUAUCAUUGACUAUCAAUCUGAUGAUCUUUUCAAGGUAAAUAAUUGUUAUUAUGAAGAAUUUUAUUGGUGUAUAUUUACUAAUUUGUACUCUGAUAUCGUAGCUGGAAUAUUAUUAGCUAUAUUUGGUGGAAUCGAUAAUAGUGUAAUUAAUGUCUUAAUUGUUGGCGAUCCCGGUACGGAUAAAACAGAACUUCUCGAUGCAGCAAGCAAAGUAGCUCCACAUACUGUAUUCAUACCAAUAACUCAAGCCAACAGUUCUCCCUUAAUGCCUUUAUUGCACUAUGAUAAACGAUCAGGAGAUUUAAUUCUUGAAGCUGGAUCAUUUAUAAUGAGCAAUACAGGAAUUUGCCGAAUUGAUGAUUUUGAAAAGAUAAAUCAGCCUAAUGCUCUUGCGGAAGCAAUUUCUAGACGAACAAUCUCGGUUUGCAAAGCCGGUGUAACAUGUACAUUAACCGCUCGAACUAAGCAUCAGCCAGCCCAGUUGGUGGACAUUACAAAAAAUCUUAAAAUUGGAAACGAUCUUUUAUCAAAUUUCGACCUCAUUUUCUUAUUAUUGGAUAUUCCAGAUGAAGAAAUGGAUCAUUAUCUUUCUGAACGCUUCAUGACGGUUCAUUCUGGUGUUUAUCCAGAAGACAAAUCAGACAAAUCACAAAGAUACGUUCCUUCAACGAGUGAUACAAAUAGAAGUCAUUUAAUUGGUAUCUUGCCAUUAUCUAAACGAUUAAAGAUUAGCACGGAAGAUGAAAAUAUGAAUGUGCUACCUAUACCACUUUUACAAAAAUAUAUCGCAUAUGCGCGUAAAUAUGUUCAUCCACGUCUUUCACAAGAAGCACGCGAAAUGAUCAAGAUAUUUUUCGGGAAUAUGGGACAUAAAUAUCAAUUUGUGGAUGGGACACCAAUAACAAUCCGACAAUUAGAAACAAUGAUUCGAUUAUCGCAAGCUAGGGCCCGAAUGGAGUUGAGAGAUGUUGUAAUUAGUGAAGAUGUUGAAGACGAUGAAUUUGGAAAUAUACGAACUAAAGCAAAGGCAAAAACUGUUGUGAGAUCUGGGAAGCAAACAGAUGUAAAGAGAUUUUUAAGUGAGCUUCAAAGAUUUGGGAACGUAAAAGGAAAUUACGUAUUUACUAUUCAAGAAAUGCAAGAAAUUGCUACAGAUUCAAAUGUUCGAUAUGACAAUUUUCAAUCUUUCAUCGAUUUGUUAAAUGAUCAAAGUUUGAUUUUAAAGAAAGGACCAGGGACUUUUCAGUUGAGAUUAUGA